AGAAUGAUGAUACUUUUCGUCGUAGCUGCGUGUGCGUGUCUUUCAGCGAGUCAAGAAAUCACAGACGGUCCUAGGGACAAGACAGUGUUCAGAGGCAGGGAUGCAGUCUUUUCCUGUGUGGUACGCGAUGCUCCUGGCCACUGGAUACUAAAUGACACCAAUAUUGAUGAUCUACCGGGAGCACUACGGGAUGAUCUAUCUCAUGAUAGCGUGUCGGCUGCAGUAUUCUAUUAUAUUUCCCUGAGAAUUCCUGGCAGAGUGGAAUACAAUGGAACUAGAGUGAAGUGUGCAAUUGAAAAUGAUGGUGAUAAUACUUUGUUGGAGAGUGAAUUUGCCGUACUUAAAAUACAAGGUCUGCUUGAAGCUGUCGGCUCUGUUGUGGCCCUUAAUAACAACUCAUCAAUCGCCAUCUCGUGGACUGCUCCAUUCUCUCUGGAUGUGACUGGUGUUGAUCCCGAUAUCUGGUACUCUGUACAUGUCCUGGUAUACAAUGUGACAGAUGAGAACAACCCAACAGCUAUCCUCUGUACUGACUGCAUCAAUAUCACUGAGACACACUACACCUUCACUCCCGACUACCUCCUCAGUCCUUGUCAUGUGUACAACUUCUCUGUCAUCCCUCUGAACGGAGUUGGCCAGGGAGAAAGCACUAAUCACAGUACCUUUUUAUAUGGUCAUGUAGUAUCAGAUGAUACAGGUCUUUUGAUAGACGAGGCAAUUAAUAUUGAUGUCUUUGAGCGAUCAAGAGAUGCAUUCCAAAUUUUGAUAACAGCACCCCUAUUUGUGAAUAAGACAGUGCUAUGCUUUUUGGGGCACUUUACUCUGUGGUACUAUAACAGUGACCAGGAAAAAUGUCCGGGAGUUGUAUCGGUUGUGUUUCCAGAGCUCAUUUCAGGAGAAGAAGGCAUGGUUGUGUGGCAGAUUGAGUCACAAGUGGUCCUCGGGAAGGACUGUGACUACACUGUUAGCAUCGCUUCACACAGUGGAGCUGGUGAAACCAAUUCCAGUGGAUCCUUCUCGAUAAGUACGAGGGUGUUGAUAGUUGAAGUGGGGGAGUUGGAGGGAGAGGUGGUGGUGAGGUGCGUGUUCAGACACACCCUCUCACAGAGGUGCUAUGUGCAGCUGGUGAGCAGUGAGGUGGAGGGAGGGUUCCAGCAGGGAGGGUGUGUGGAGGGGGAGGGAGAGGGUGUCCACAGGUUUUCUGGUCUCCUCCCUGUCACAUACACUGUGUUGGUCUACGGUCUGGCAGUAGGAGGAGGGGAGGGCUCUUGUUCACCAGCUCUUGGAGAUCCUGACUUCAUCACCGUGGCCACUGUCCACGGACCCGUCACAACCCCAGUCACAUCUCAACGCCCAUUUACAGACGAAACGACAAGGUCACUGGAGUUUCCGAGUAGCUCAAGUCCCUUGUGUGCAGAGGGCAAGUUAUCAUUGUGCAAAUACUACUACUGUACAUACUGCCUAUCUCUACUAUAUAGCAGGUGUUGGUGUUGGUGCUUGCAUGGGCGCUGUUACCACGUCCCUUUUGUUUCUGGUUGGAAUUAUCACAGUGAAGAUGCUCUCGAAACACAAACAAAGAAAACGGAAAGAAACUGAGUCCUCGACUCACUCCCAAAAUACAUGCCAAUGGAGAGAAACAUGGCGUAUGAGCUACACAAACCACUGCCAAUGGAGAGAAACAUGGCAUAUGAGCUACACAAACCACUGACACGGAGAAAACGCCACAGUGGACCUCAACAGUGCUCUGCAACACCGAAUCCAGUAUAAUAUGAAGACUUGAAGUAGUACAAUAAUUAUUCCGCAUUUGUCCUCCCUAACCCUGGAAUAAACAUGUUUUUUCAUGUAACAUUAAUUUUUAUAGCUCGAGGCAUUGGAUUGUG